CAAUUUUUCCAUUGUAAAAGAACUGGGAAGAACGAAUCGCGAUUUCCCACAUGUCAGGUGGACAAAUGGAUGUCAAAGGAACAAAAAAUUCGUCAGCUCUGUUAUUUUUUGAGGUCUCAUUCUCCUCCGCUUCGUUAAAAUUUCACCACCCACGCACCAAAACCGAAAGUUUAGAGAAACCGAGAGAGAAAUAGCUAGCUGGGUUUCAUUGAUUUUGGCGAGCAGAUUCUGAACCAAGCCAAAAAGGCAUAUGGAGAAUCUUCAGGAGGUUGAAGAAGACGGGGAGGGACCCGCCGCCGUGGAGGAUGAAGAAGUGGAAAUCGGAAUCGUGGGUUCCAGCUUGACUCUGGAGAAAGUCGCCGCGGCCAAACAGUACAUCGAGAACCAUUACAAGGCUCAAAAGAAGCACAUUCAAGAGCGCAAGGAGAGGCGCUCUGUGCUAGAAAAGAAGUUGGCAUCUUCAGAUGUCUCAGAAGAAGAACAAAUUAAUCUUUUGAAGGACUUGGAGCGCACGGAGACUCAUUACAUGAGGCUGAAAAGGCAUAAAAUUUGUGUUGAAGAUUUCGACCUUUUGACAAUAAUCGGGCGAGGUGCUUUUGGGGAGGUCAGACUUUGUCGGGAGAAGAAAACAGGCACUAUAUAUGCCAUGAAGAAGCUGAGGAAAUCAGAAAUGCUCAGCAGAGGACAGGUCGAACAUGUCCGAGCUGAAAGGAAUUUACUUGCAGAAGUUGCGAGUCACUGCAUUGUGAAACUCUAUUAUUCCUUCCAAGAUACCGAAUACUUGUAUCUGAUUAUGGAGUAUCUUCCUGGAGGUGACAUGAUGACUUUACUGAUAAGGGAGGAAACUUUGACAGAAACCGUGGCUAGAUUUUACGUGGCCCAAAGUGUUCUGGCAAUAGAGUCAAUUCAUAAACAUAACUACAUCCACAGAGACAUAAAACCUGAUAACCUUCUGCUGGACAAAAGGGGUCAUAUGAAGCUCUCUGAUUUUGGUCUUUGCAAGCCUCUUGACUGCACAAAUCUGUCUGCUAUAAAUGAAAAUGAAGUCCUUGAUGAUGAUAGCUUGCACGAUACAGUCGACGUGGAUGAGAGCUUCCCAGGUAAAAAAAGCGGGAGGCGCUGGAAGAGCCCUCUUGAACAACUUCAGCACUGGCAGAUUAACAGAAGGAAACUGGCAUUUUCCACGGUUGGCACUCCAGAUUACAUAGCUCCAGAAGUGUUGCUAAAAAAAGGAUACGGUGUGGAAUGUGACUGGUGGUCUCUUGGUGCAAUAAUGUAUGAAAUGCUUGUUGGUUAUCCACCAUUUUAUUCUGAUGAUCCAGUAACAACAUGCCGAAAGAUUGUACAUUGGAAAAAUCACUUAAAAUUCCCCGAUGAGAUAAGAUUAACACCUGAAGCAAAAGAUUUGAUCAGUAGGCUGCUUUGUGAUGCCGAGCAUAGGCUCGGUACUGGAGGUGCAGACCAAAUCAAGGCUCACCCUUGGUUCAAAGAUACCGUCUGGGACAAUCUCUAUGAAAUUGAUGCAGCAUUUAAGCCCGAGGUCAAUGGGGAACUUGAUACGCAAAAUUUUAUGCAAUUUGAUGAGGUUGAUCCACCACCGACUAGAAGCGGAUCUGGACCGAUAAGGAAGAUGAUGUUGACUCCCAAGGAUCUUAGUUUUGUUGGUUAUACAUACAAAAACUUUGAAGCUGUCAAAGGUUUACACCAUUCAUUUGAUUUGAAGUCGAGCACCGGCCCGACACGGACUUCCUCUGUCGACUCUACUCAGAGUGACUCAGCAUUGAACUACUCCACCACCUGCUCAACAGAUGACAGGGAAGCAGCCAUACUGGCAUCAUCAGGGGAUGCUUUGUCACAGUAAAAAUGCUAAAGAGAGACCUGUCUGAAGAAGAUGGUGGCCAAGCACCUGCUUAUUUUUCAGCCAGGUGGUGCCUGUGAGCAAAGGAAUUUCCAAGUUCCAAAUUGUUUUUGCAGAGUUCAUGUACAGCGUUUUGGUUUAGGAACUCAACAUCCUCCCUCCCCCCCUCCAUGUGAGACUGAGUUCUCUCUUCUGAGGCAUUGACUGCCCAGGUUGGCUCAUAAAACUACCCUUCUCUUGCGGCAGUUUCUGGUCCCUUCUUCUUCUUCUUCUUCUUCUUCUUCUUGAUUGAUAUCCAUGAAGCUGUGCUCAGAGCUUUUGGUGUCUCUCAAGUGUCAUUUUCAAUAUUCAUUUUUUGACGUGUUGCUCACAAAAUUCCUUGCUACAUUGGAAAAACAAGUGCUUUUUUAUUUAUCCAAUCAGGCUGAAUAUAUAAUUUUGUCUCUAAUGUA